AACAAUCAACACCAACAAAAUGUUUGGAGCAAUACUACUGGUAUUUCUGGGUAUGCAGUCAUUAGUUGACGCUGGCAUGUGCUGGAAAAAAGGCGUUGCAGCCGGCUGGAAGAAGUUCAGGUGUGAAGACUUUUCUGUCCUAACAGACUAUAGCUGGUGGUAUAGUUGGGGCUGUGAUGCCGAUGACUUCUACGACAAUCAUGAUUGUUCCUCGGUAAUUGACAGUAUAUUCAGUAAUAAAUUCGUCCCCAUGAUUUGGGGUAUGUACAAAAAAACAGACUACACAUGUCACCAUGGUUCCGGUGCAACUGCUGUUUUAGGUUGUAACGAGCCAAAUCAUAAACAACAGUCCAGCAUACUUCCAGAGAAAGCUGCUGACCGAUGGCCUCUUCUGCAAAAUAAUGCUACUAACAUGACCUUGGUUUCACCAUCUGCUGCCCCCUGUGGCGCGACCCAUUGCCUCGCAAAUCACAAUACAACUACUUGGUUUGAUGCAUUCUUCGCAAGAUGUGAAGGUUGCAGCUUUGACGCAAUCGCCACGCAUAAAUACUCAUGCAACGCUGACGCUACCAUGGAGUUCUUGGAAAUGCUCUACGAGAGGUACAAUAAACCGAUCUGGCUUACCGAGUUCGCAUGCAGGUCCACCAACGUUAACCAAGUGAUUAAUUACAUGAAAGCAAUUCUACCAAGACUAGACAGUGCACCUUAUGUACAUAGAUAUGCGUGGUACACGAGCAGAAUAACGAAUCCGUGGGGCUGGAUAAAGCCAACUGCAAGCCUAUUUGAGGCAGACAGUUCGACUCUAACCGAACUAGGAUGGAUUUAUCAGAACCAUACCUGCUAAGCGCAACUGGAGACACGUGACAUGAUUAACAAUUGUUUUUGUCAAUGUUCAUCUGAUUGACAAUAAAUAACUGCAUUUCAA